AUGCCGUGGGCAAAGCCUCAGACCACGAGGGCAACUCCUGUGCCGGAUGCUCGUCCUUCGCAGCGAGGCAAACCGCGACAUCUGCCCUCAGCGACGCCAACACCGACCCUGCCUCGGUGGCUGAAUCCCGCGGGCGCGGAGAAACGAUGUGUCGCAUCCUCUCAGAAGCUUGAGCCAGAGACCGACGCCACCCUGCAUUUUGCACAGCGGGGGCUGGAAGCGACAGCACCAAUCCCAAAGUUUGAUUGGAUGCCCAAUGUGAACGAAUCCAGCA